GUCGGUCCCUCUUGGUCAUACAACGUCUUUCAGACAAAGCUUCCACCUCAGACACACUCUCCUUUCAGACAAAAACUUCCCAUCUCAAAUAUCUCAUCAUCAUCACCGUCAUCAUCAAGCAAUGGCAUUUUCAAAGAUCUCUCUUUUCUUCCCAGUGCUCCUUUCCAUUCUCUUCAUCAUCUCCCCUGUUUUCUGUGACAAUGACGAGGAAGAUGAUCUUCUUAAAGGCAUCAACAGUUACCGAGCUUCGUUAAACUUGACAAGCCUAACAACAAAUGAGAACGCCGAGUGCCUUGCUGAUGAACUAGCCGAAGAAUUCAAGAACCAACCUUGCACAAACUCCACAGGCGCCAACACUGUCCCAGGCACCGAACCACAGUUUGCCAACUAUCCAAACCUUCUAGCCAAAUGCCAUUUGAACGUUUCCGUCACAAGGGACGGAGCAGUAAUGCCUGCUUGUGUUCCGAACCUGGCUCCGAGUCUUGUGCUCACUAAUUUUACGCAGUCUCAAUACUCCGGAAACCUCAAUGAAACCAAGUAUACAGGAAUCGGGAUCGGUUCUGAAGGAGACUGGAUUGUUGUUGUCCUAACAACCAGUACAACUGAAGGAAACUACGCUACGGCUACUACUGCUGCUACUACUAGUGCGGCCAAUUCAGUUUCCAAGAUAACCAUAAUUCAUCACCUUCUAUUGCUCCUCAUGGCUGCUUUCUACAUGUUAUGAGCAGCUAACCCUUUAAAGACUACACAAAAAUCAUAUGUUUUCAUGUACUAAUAAGCUUGGAUUAUUUUUUUCCCUUUUUGGGAAAAUUUUCAUAUGAUUCCGGGUUAGAUAGGUAAUUUCUUAUUGUUCUCGGUGUGGGUUUUGUCCGGUUAACAAUAAUGUGAUAUUUUAGACCUUGGAUUAUUUCAUGUCCGACCUUAAGCAUAUUAGUUUGAGACAUUUCAGGUUUGUACGUGUUUUACACUUGGAUAUUUUCAAUUUUAAGUUAUUUCGAGUUCGUACAAA